AUGUCCAGCAUUUCAACAGCUAUCAAGGAACUUAAAUGGAUUAAGAAAAAGUAUGGAUUUAUAAACACAUGCCUAAAGUCUCUGGUGGUUGAAAAAUAUGGUGAAGAAAUAUGGGAAAAUUUAAGAGUACAAACUGGAGUACAGGAUACAUUUUUUACUUUUGAAGUUUAUAAAGAUGAGAUCACAAUGAAACUAAUUGACAAGGCAUGCCAAAUGUUAGAUGUUUCCCCAGAUACGGUCCUAAAACAAUUUGGAGAAUAUUUUUUUGAAUUCUGUAAACAGUCAGGUUAUGACCAUAUGCUGAGAACGCUGGGAGGAAAUCUGUAUGAAUUCAUAGAGAACCUGGAUGCAUUACACAGUUACCUCAGUCUGUCUUACCAGGAGAUGAACGCUCCUUCCUUUAGGGUAGAAAAGAAUGAAGAUGGGUCAAUGUAUUUGCAUUAUUAUUCAGACAGAAGAGGCUUAUGCCACAUAGUUCCAGGAAUCAUUGGUGCAGCAGCUUUGGACUUUUUCAAUACUGAAAUUUCAAUGGAAAUUGUCAAUCAGACAGAAGAAGAAGAAAGAACAGGAAAAAAAGAACACAUUGUAUUUCUUGUAACACAAAAACCUGUAUUUUCCUACCUAAGAAGAAACAAGUUCUCUUCCACACAUUACCUUCCAAAUUCUGGAGCUCAGGCAGAAAGAAGACUGAAUAAAGAGGAACUUGAAAGAACCAUGAAUAAGAUCAGAGAUAAAACAAGUGUCAAAAGGAGCCACUGGGAAACAAUCAGAGGAAUUGUGACAAUUGGAAAAGGUCGACUUCUUAAAGGAUUUGAUCCUGUCUAUCCUAGGACUCUCUGGAUUGACCCAAAGACAUUUUGCAUUGGGCUUCCUUUCCAUAUUGUUUUUGAUGAACAGCUCAGAGUGAAACAAGCUGGGGUUAGUAUUCAAAAGAUUGUGCCUGGCCUUCAAAUACUGGGCAUCCGUCUCAAUCAGUACUUCACUAUUGUACGCCCUGAAGUGAAAUUUACCAUCUCCAGUGUUCAGAGAUUCAUCAACAGCCAAUUCGUUUUCCAGACCAAGAGAGAAAUGAUGCCGGCCUCUUGGAAGCAGCGUCCUAUGUUAGAGCUAAGAGGGCAGAUGAUCUGGAUGGAGUCUGUUCAAUGCAUGCUGUACCUUUGUUCCCCUCUACUGCGUACAUUGCAUGAGUUGGAGGAAAGACACAUGCACAUUUCUGACAUAGCUCCCCAUGAUGUCACUAGAGAUUUGAUCUUGCUCAACCAACAGAGGUUGGCCGAGAUGGAGCUCUCCAAUCAACUGGAGAGGAAAAAAGAGGAGCUGCGGAUCCUGUCUAAACACCUGGAGGAAGAAAGGAAGAAAACAGAAGCCCUCCUGUAUGCCAUGCUGCCUAAACAUGUUGCCAAUCAGCUCAAAGAGGGGAAACGAGUUGAGGCAGGAGAAUUCAAAGAAUGUACUAUACUAUUCAGCGAUGUUGUGACUUUUACCAACAUUUGUGCCCAGUGUGAGCCUAUUCAGAUAGUCCUCAUGUUAAAUGCAAUGUAUCUACGAUUUGACAGGCUAACCACAGUACAUGAUGUCUACAAGGUUGAAACCAUAGGGGAUGCCUACAUGGUUGUAGGGGGUGUCCCUGUCCCUGUAUCAACCCAUGCUGAACGGGUUGCCAACUUUGCCCUGGGAAUGAUCAUAGCAGCCAAAGAAAUAAAAAACCCUGUUUCUGGAAAUCCUAUUCAAAUUAGGGUUGGAAUCCACACAGGAUCUGUCCUUGCAGGGGUUGUUGGAGAAAAAAUGCCACGUUACUGUUUGUUUGGAGAUACGGUGAAUAUAGCAUCCCGGAUGGAGAGCCAUGGAGUGCCAAACAAAAUUCACCUCAGUGGCAGUGUUUAUCAAUGCCUCAAAGAGAAGAAUUUUGACAUUAAGGAAAGAGGAGAAAUUGAUGUGAAGGGCAAAGGGAAAAUGCACACUUAUUUUCUGGUCCAAAAUACAAUUGCAACUGAGAAUGAGAUCAUGGGAAGACCAAGUGAAGAUGCUGGCUUCAACCACGAAUCUUCUCAAUUGUCUCAAGACUGCAUGGCUGAUGGCAUGCAAAACUCAUUCUCACAAGAUAUCCCACUAAACUCAGACAAGGAAUUGCCUCCUAUCGUAGCAAUGAAAUAUGCAGAUAGACCCAUAGAAAACCACACCAAUGUUAAAGGAAGGCAUGAAUCAAGAACAAAGGAUUUAACAGGUGAACAGCAUGAUGCAGAGACCUAUGCAAGUCUCCAUGGUGACCAGCAGCCAAACCAAAAUCCAUACAAUUUCAUACAAAGAAGACAUAGGCCAGCUGCAGAGGCACCACAGAUCAGGAAUGUCAGAUCUAAUUUCUGUAACUUGUUUUAA